UACAUUCUGGUCUGAUGCCUUGUUGUAUUGCACAAGCAACUUCCUCUCUUUUUGACGUGUCCGAAAAGUCUAACAUACAGGAACCACUCGUGCAAGCCAUCCCCCCCGCCGAUACCACCAAGUCCCCGCUACCGGCAAUUAGAGAGCCAGUGACUUCCCGAGUCGGCAUAUCCCGAAGCAUCGAUAACGUCCCCACCUCCUGCUGUGGACAUGUCUUCACCUGCAAUCAAGGAAGCACUAAUACCGCUUCCAGUCAGCCCUACGUCAAGUUCUGUGACGCUUGAGGAAUUCAAGUCCGGCAUAACUGAGAGACAAGAUAAUGGCUUCCUUCGACGGUGGCAGCAAUGGGAUUGGCUUCAUGAUUGCUGGAAAUCCUACGAAUACAUCGAACAGACUCCCCGUGUAGUCACCCAAGAACCUAAUUGUUUCUACUUGAAUGUUCGACGGAAGACAGAUAAAGAGAAACCAAAACUGGUUCUCAGUGAUUUUAGUCCCAUUUUACUCGCCUGCUUACGCUCCAUAGUGGGUGGUGAAUGCUUGAGCAAAUAUCCACAAGUUCACAUCGAUGAGCUUCUUUUGGAGCUAGAUUCGUUGGACAGUCGCACCAACGACGCACGUAUGGCGUUGCUAGAAGAAAACAAAGAAGAUGGCGUCGUACGAAGUGCGAAAGCACUCGGGCAUGGUCUAUAUGAUGGUGACGCGCGCACGUACCUUACGGCCGCAGUCCAGCAGCUUGACAUUCUCCUACUUUUGCUUAAAGAAGAAUUCGAACCAGUAGCUGAACGACUGAAACAUGCAAUAGUACACGGUCGCAUACCGCGCGAUCUGCUGGAGUUCUACUUCCGGAAGAAUCAGCUGUACUACUACCUCGAUGACAAUAAUGAUUUUGAUGCAUUCCGCUUGAUCUCCACUUAUUACGAUGACUUUGACCAAACAUUCACUCUUAACGGCGAGGGUACAUUCUGGAACGGAACCAAGUGGGCUACACUCGAGCGAGGUCGGAUGGUUAAACUGGCCGAGGGGUCGUUGAUCUUGGCUGAUUUUCGAACCAGCAAGAUAACGCCUGAAAUAUAUGGGCGACUUACGGAGCGCGGUAGAAAGUACGUCUCACUAGCGGGAGUCCAUCACAGACUUUACAGAGGACGACGGAUCAUGGUUGACCGCUUAGGCUGGAACACGUUCGGCUACAACCAUGCAGAUGAUACCCCAUUCCCAUUCCCCCUUCUUCAAGACAGAAGUAAGGCCAGAAACAACGAUAACAUCCCGCCCGUGCCCGAAGAUAAUAUCGCUCUUCUCCCGCGAUUCAUGCCAGGUUUUGAUCUGGAACGCAAGUCGUGGGGCUUAUUUGAUGUUGAUGAAGUCGAGCCAAUAAAAUUCAACGAAAACGCCUGGGAGCACAUUGUGAUCGACGAAAGCUCAAUGGAUGUCAUUGAAGGAGUUGUGGGUGCAUUCGACUUCAGCAAGGAGGCCAUGGCAGAUGAAGAACAAACGGGCUUGGUUAUACUCUUGCAUGGACCAUCAGGGACCGGCAAAACGGCGACCGUUGAAGCUAUCGCGGAACAUUUUAGACGGCCAUUGUACUCCCUCGCAGCAUGUUCCCUUCCGUUGGACAUGACCUUACUUGUGGACACGUUGACAUCCCGUCUGGAUGCAGCAAGAUCAUGGAAUGCCAUAGUUUUGAUUGAAGCUGGGGAUAUUCUCAUGCAGACUCAGAGGCACGAGCCAAUAAUGGAGGAACAUAUUCGCAUUUCGACGAUACUCGAAUUCUUCGAGCAGCAUCGGUGCAUUGUAUUUGUUACCGCGAGGACUACAUGUACUGCAUACAUGUCGCAUUUUGCUAUGACUAUCCAGUAUCCUGAAUUAGAUGGUGAUUCCCGUCAAAUCAUAUGGUCCAAUAUGCUCUCAGGGGAAGCAAACAACAUAUCUCGCCGAGACAUUGAGGAACUGUCCAGAAUCGUAGUCAAUGGUCGGGCGAUGAGGAACAUUCACACGAUGGCCAAAGCAUUGGCGCGUUCUAGUAAACAACCUCUAUCUCUAUGCUAUUUGAAGACUGCUGCGAAAACACAAGGACAGGUCGAAGGUGCAGGAUAUCAUCUUUACUGGUGACCUAGUCCAGAGCCGUUUAUUAAAUAUACCCUUUAACUGCAAGAAUGUGGAUGGACCAUAUAUGUACUCUCAAUACAGACGUAUCGCAGGGCGAUUUUGUGGAUCUAUUAACUAUGAACGAUGUAGCAAGUGAUCAGUAAAUCGCGAUGCAAGCACAAACUUGAAA